AAACUGUAGAUGAAAACACUGAAAUAACUGCCCAAUUAGCUACAGAAUCCUCUAAACCUCUACAUUCUGAUGCCUCUUCCAGGAUGCCUGGGUCAAUGAUCAUUUCAGCAAAAAGAUUCAUGAAUAGAGAUAUACAGUUCCCGUCUUCAGCAGAUCUGUCUAGACCCACCAAAAUGACUCGCUACACUACCAGGUCCAUGGCAUCGCGACUGGAAAAUCAGAAAGACCCCGUUCAACUACACAGGAAGAAUGACCCAAAGGAUAUCACUAAGAUCCCUGAUCCAUUCAGGAUAACAGAAGAGAGCACAAAUGAGAGUGAAGAAAAUAAGGAAAAAGAAAAGUCUUCUCCAGAAAAUCCUUCUGUAAUUCCCGAAGCUGAGGCCUCAAGUGAAAGUCGGUUGGUAGAAAGAAGUAAGACGUCGGAAAAUCUAAUUGCUGGCGGUCAGUCAGAACCUCAGAUUCUGCCAAAUUCUGAAGUUUUUACUGUAGAUAUUCCGUUGUCUUUUGAACAUGGAGUUCCGAGGCUACAAACUCCCAAGUUGAUCACUCCUCGGCCUGAUGACGCGAGUGACAAAGACAGCCAGAAUGUUCAGGAAAUUAAGUCUUCACGGUCGAAAAUUUCAACUUCGGACAAGGGGGAAGAAAAUACUGAAGAUUCAAAUGCAAAUAUUUCUGGCAUUGUAAGAAGUCGAUCUCUCGUUGCCAUAACAGCAGAGGAAAAUUUCAUAUAUGCCACAGGUCAGUCGCCCAGAUCAAGCUCUUCUUUGAGUCAACAAGUAGAGUCACAACCUGGUCAGUCCAACUCCAGCAAUCAUUCAAAAGAGACACAACAAAAUACUGCUUUUGAUGCAACCAAUGGGAAAACAGAUCAAAUGAAUGAAAAACUCGAGAACCAAUCAGAGUCCAGCAGCCAGUCCGUAGCCGACCAAUCAAUACCUCAGGAUGGAGUAGCGGGCAGCACGGCAGGCGUGAAGAAUAGUGGCGGGAAACCCACGCUGGGUGGCAGUGUUCUCGCAAACGUUGCGGUGAGCGGCGGUGCUGAGAAAGAUGACGCCAGCGAGCCACAGAAAAGUAUUUCAAAAGUGAAAGAAGACUCAGCAAAACAUUACAGUGCUAAAUCGAAGGACUCGGGGAAGGCUCUGAAGAAUCCUCAACAUGACCUUAACACCGAAUCAAACUCAAAAGAUGUUACAGUUCCUCCAGUUUCCACUGGCAGUGUGGUAGCUCAGAGCACAUCCUUAAGGGAGGAUGUGCUCGUAGAAGCUCUUGUGGAGUCGGCACGGUCAAACUCUGGUGACAAGAUAAGUAUCCCAAUCUCAGGUAAUACCACAAUGCCCUACCAGGCGGCGCCUCGAGGCACCUCUCUUUCUUCAGUGGAGGUUCCGGAGGGCACAAUAUCCACCGUGUCUCUCGCUGUGUCAAAGACAGAGUCUGCUGUGUCACGCCCGCUGGCGGUGCGUGAUCCUACUGCUGCUACCACGGGCGGAAUCUUCGAUCGGUUUUCCACUCCGAGGAGCCUCUGGCAGAAAGCCCAGCCGCCAUUAGUGGUGAAGUCCGGUGGUGAUCCUUACUCCCGGGAGCCCAGGGAAUACGAAGACUACCUUCCGAGGGAACCCUCUAGACCGACCCUGAAGCGUCGUGGCUCCCUUAGUAAGAUAGAUGCACAAGAUCUCAACGACGAUGACUACGACGACAGCUCCCUCUACAACUGGAAAUCAAAGGUCAAGGAGAGCCGCGGGGCACAGACGGUCCGAAUGAAGAACCAACAGCCUCGACACAGCAUUCUGAAGAAGACGGAUCCUAGACCCACCCAGAGGAAAGAUGAACUGCGCCCCUCGUUGAAGGAGAGGAUACAUGAGGAGUACAGAGACAGCCCGCCUAUCAUCAUUGCCAGCGGACUCGUCCCCAAGAACCUGGAGUCUCUUACUUCAGAGUACCAAGCUGCUCACGCCGGCCACAACGACGAUGGAGGCCAUGGAAUUGGUGUCAGCAGCCAUCUCAGCACAGGGACUACAGGUCAUCAUGGUGCUGUUAACAGUGGUCACAGUGGUACUGGGAGUAAUGCCUACCAUGGGAACAGUGGGCACUACACUACCGGAAGCAGCACGUACAACAGCGCCACGUACGGGCCAGGAGGCGGCACCAGUUACAGCAACUAUCCAUCAAGCACAAAUUACCCAUCGAAUACCAGCUACCCGGCAAGCACGAACUACCCAGUAAGCACUGCCAAUCGGAUGGGAGGCGUCCCCGCCAGCAGAAGUUACACUGCUAAAGAGAGAGAUCAAUUUCACGAACGAUAUCUUGAGCCAGCGCCGGGGGGGCCAGCUACCACCCCUCUGGCCACAUCCCAACAGAAACAGAAUAUCGGCGAUGUAUUCGACCGAUUACACAGUAACCGGCGGCCCGAACACACCGCUGUCGUCGCCAGAAAGCCUGAGAUUAAGCCCAAGCCCAAGUCAGUCCCGCCAAAGGCUCCCGCCAGGGAUGGCGGUGGGUCCAGUGCAACCACCAGGGCUGCUGUGCCAGAGUCUCAGCGACGCCUGCAACAGCAACAACAACAACAGCUGCAGCAACAGCAGCAGGCCGCCGCUAACGAUGUAUUCAGUAGACUAUAUCAGAACGCCCCGAGCAGGAAGCGAAGAGAUGAGGUAUCAGAGUCAUCCCGCCUACUGGAGGUCCCAGCCUCCACCCUCCAGCCAUCAGACACCGCCCCAACUGCUUACAAGGACACUGGUAAGACCAGUCAGAGACCAGCCAAGGACUCAGCCCCGGCCCCUGCUGGACGACACAGCCGCUCAGACACCGUCCUUAAUAUGCCCUUGACGCAAGACACCCAGGACGGCGACACCCCAGGGUUGGCCCCUGACAUUGUGGUGGACGAUCUGGGGGAGCCCACGCCCGUCCACAGGGGCAGGCUGGACUACGAGGCGCAUAAGGGCGGAGGGAACGACAAACUUCCGAUCGUCCUCCUUCAGGGCUUCUUCCGCGGCCCGGGAGGCAGGUCGCCGCAUCACCGUCGACCCUCCUAUAGUGUGAGUGAGCUGACCUUGCCACCACACCUGGUGGAUGUGACCUCAGUGCUCCGUGGUGCUCUGCCUGUGCUCCCUCGCUCCCUUGCUGCCCUCUGUCUCACCCUCAACAUUGUCCUCCCUGGUUUAGGAACAGCUGCUAGCGGGUGGCUGGGUAUCUGCUGGGGCCGCAACAGGAUGGGUGCGGUAGAGACGAGCGGCCAGAGGUUCACUUCAGUGGUGGUGACCGCAGUCACCGGCUUCGUUCAGCUGUUCACAGUGACGUUCUUCCUAGUCGGGUGGUUCUGGGGCGUGGCGUGGGGCAUCCUGCUCGUCUCUAUAGCCAACAAGUAUGCUCAUUUCCUGUCUGAACAUCGCACCUCCCUCACCGGAGCCGUCAGUCUUGAGAUGCUGGCAGUCAACGCUAGCUGAAGCCUCGACAUCUGUUUUUGAAGCCUCGGCACCUGUAGACUUUCUUCUUGAAGC